CCCUGCGCCGCCUUACCCCGGCCUCUAAACGUAUACUACGCACUCUGCGACAACAUGACCUGGGAGUACAAGACCACCAAGCACAUCCGCGACCGCGAGACCGACAUCAACGGGUACCUGCGGCAGAGGCACAAGGAGCUGACGGAGCCGAUGCUGUAUGUGGCGCUGUUUGAUACUGAGAGGAACGAGGCGGCGAAGAAGGGCUGGAAAGAACAGGAAACCCAAAAAGCCGAAGUGACUGAACGAGAGAAGGAGGCCGAGAUUGAUCCUCUGGCGCCGUACCUCGCUCGCAUGUUCGGAACUGGCCGCGGCACCGGCGCUCCGCUUACCGUCAAGGAGGCGACCUUGGUCAGGGAGCAGUGCAUCAACGACUUUAAGGCCAAACAGCUGGUACGACAGAACUUGGUGCAGGAGCGGUUUGAUAAGCUCAAUUCGGAGUACAAGGCGAAGAGGCUGUGGUACCUGGCCAACCAGUUUAUACUUACGCCUGAAAAGGAGAGCGCUUACUUCGCGGCCAGUGCCGAACUGGCGUUCAGCGUUCACACGCUAGAGGUGCGGCUGACGAGGCACAAGGACCUGUCAGGCCCCAGGUUCAAGAUGCUGGAAGAGUAUCUGGACAAGCACCCGUUGCUGCGAGACUACAACCGCAUGAGGCACUAUUACAAAUACAAAUAAUUUGUAUUAUAUUGAUACACUGAUCUAGGCUGGCUUUUGUAGAGACGCCAGCAUUUUUCAUCAAUCGAA